AUAAAUUUCAAGUUUUAAGAUGAUAUAUGUAUACCGAUGGUAGUAUAAGUUGUAAAAAAAAUCUGUGGAACAUUGAAAAACUUGAAGAACGUUUAAUAUCUACCGAUCGAAAAUGAUGUUCUCUUUCUUUUCAUUUGGCACAUAAAAUCAUAAUCGACGUUAAUGUUUCACAUUUUUAUUAGAUAAUAAAAUGGAAAUUUUAUAUAUAAAUCAUGUGGUCGACUAAUUCCAAAGGACGAUAUGGAUUGUUACACCUGGAUUUAAACAAUAACAAUGAAUCGUUGAGUAUAAUAAAUUAAGAAAAAGUUCGUCGUUAUUUAUUUCGGUGAAUAAAUUGCCAAGUAAAAGAGGGGAAAAUAAAAGAUUUGCGUCAAAUAAAAUAAGCAUGAUUCAAAGUGUACGCCAUCGCUUCCGAUAAUUACGAUCCAGUUACUACUGGAGUCAAUAUUGCUACAAAUCUGACACAAUCAGGAUGAAAUGGACGCUACAAGUACCAUUUAUGAUCAUCCGGAUGUUUGUAACAUCGCAGAAUAUAUAAAAAACAAACUUUACUUUGCAACUUUGAAAAAUGAACGAUUGGAACCAAGAAAAACAGAGAAUAUAAACUUUUUUAGUAUCGACAACGAGCUCGUUUAUAAUAAUUUUUACAACGACUUUGGGCCUCUGAAUCUCGCGUGUUUGUACAGAUACUGCUAUAAAGUUAACAAAAAAUUAAAUAAUCCAAUAAAUAAGCAUAAACAAAUCGUGCAUUAUACUUCAAAAAGUGAACGGAAAAGGGCAAAUGCCGCUUAUUUGAUUGCCUCCUAUGCCAUUUUGUAUUUAAAUAAAACUCCUAAAGAAGCUUACAAACCUCUCGUCUUGAAAAACGAAUUAGUAUCAUUCAGACUUUUUCAAGAUGCAUCUUUGGGACCGUCAAUUUAUAACAUUCAUUUACUUGAUUGUUUAAAUGCUAUUUACAAAGCCGCAUUGUUUGGCCUAUUUAAUUUUGAUGACUUUGAUUUAAUCGAAUACGAAAAAUAUGAACAAUUUCAAAAUGGUGAUUUAAAUUGGAUGAUACCACAAAAAUUAUUGGCCUUUGUUACCCCAAGUACAGAAAAUAAAACGAUAUAUCAUCCACCACAAUAUUACAUAAAUUACUUUCUAAACAAUGGCGUUGUUGCUGUUGUAAGAUUGAAUACAAAAACUUAUGAUUCUAACAGUUUUACAAAAGCAGGAAUAUCGCAUUACGAUAUGUUUAUGCCAGAUGGUACGGUACCACCAAAAAGAAUUCUCUGUAAAUUUCUUCGACUGGUGGAAACUACAAAUGGUGCCAUUGCUGUCCACUGUAAAGCAGGAUUGGGCAGGACAGGUUCUCUGAUAGCAGCGUAUUUAAUAAAGCAUUAUAAUAUGACAGCCAAAGAAGCUAUAGCUUGGACACGAAUUUGUCGAUCUGGCUCAGUUAUUGGACAUCAACAAGCUUGGCUAGAAAACAUACAAUAUAGUCUUAUGAAUGCGGGCCAACAAUAUAGACUUAAGUAUCGUGGGGAGAGCGACAUGGUAUUACAUCACAGACGAGGAAUAUAUUCCAUCGUUAAUAAAUUAGAGAAUAAUAAACGUGACCAUCUUCAAAUUGAUUAUCCUAAUUGCGAUCACCGAAAUAAAUAUCCAGGAUCAAGAGAUUACUGUGACUUACCUACGGAUAAAGUAGACAAAUCUAAAUUAUCGCAAAUAUUAGGCAAGUUACGGAAUGGUACGAUGAACACAAAUACAGCAUCUCACGAUCGAAAAAAGAUACUUAAUAAAAAGGAUUUAAUUAAAUGUUGUUGGAAAUUAAAUGAUCUGAACGCUUCUUCGACACAAGGUGACAAAUUAAAUAAAAUUAAAAUAAUUCGAGGAACAAAUUUGCGGAAUAUGAAAUCUGAGGUGGGAAACAAAAACGUUUUUUCUGUUGAAACUGCAACUUCGUAAAAAAAAAAAAAAAAAAAAAGAAAAAAAAGUUAAUAUAUAUUAAGGAAAAUAACGAUAAUAUUGCAUAAAAUAUAUGAUAAUAAAUACCUGUUUUGUUAUUUUGUUACUUUAGCGUGUAAGUAUGCGCUUUUUAUAGGUAUAAAAACAAGCGAUCGUUUGUUUUCUUUUCUUUUUGUUAUAAAAUUGUAUAACAGACAACGAUACUUCCGUAAUGAAACACAGUUUUGUAAUAAUAUAAAACAGAAAAGAAAUGAUUAUAAUUUCCUCUUUUUGUACUUUUUCAUCAGGGUAAUUAUCACUUCAUUAGAUUACAAUAAUUAUCGAAGACCGUUUUAACGUAUAGAAUUUCUUUCUCGUAAGAAGAAACUUAUGCACACUUGAUAUUAUAUUUUCUCACUAUUAAAAAAGAUGUCGUGCACCUGAAUAUGUAGGAAUGUCUUUUUUCAUUUUUUUUCUCUCUUAUCUUUUUUUUUUUCUUUUUUCUUUUUAUUUGCUUUAAGUUCUUUUUGUUUCUUUUUUUUUCGUUUUUUUUUUUUUUUUUUUUUUUUUGAAGAUCAAUAUUAUUUUUCCUUUCUUUUUUCUCUUUGUCCUUUUUUUUUUUCUUCUAAUGUCCACUUUAUAAAUAUCACGAACCUCGAGAAGCUGCUGCAUGCUUUGUGAUGCAAGCGAACAGUAAAAUUGGUCAGAAGCAUUCUUAUGAAGAAAAAAA